AUGUCAACGACGUCACAGCCAACAGACAGAAAACAUAAAUUUACAACAACAGAUUAUAGAGGAGCAACAAUAGAAGAUCUAGAUUUACCACCUGCUAUAUCAAUAAAUCCAUCAACUUCAAUAAAAGAUGCAAUACAAAUAGGUUUUGAAUAUGAUUUUACUUAUUUACCAAUAAUUCAUGAAAUAAAUAAAAAAUUAUUAGGAAUAUUAAAUUUAGAUGAAAUUAAUAAUAAUACUAGCAUAAAUCCAAAUGAUAAAGUUUUAAAAUAUAUGUUUUGGUUUAGUAAAACAACUCAAAAAAAAUAUGAACAAUCUUUAAAAUCAAAUUCAUCAACUAAUAGUAAUACUGCUUUGAAAUCUACAAUCAUAAAACCAAAUACUGGGAAAAGAUAUACUGUUUUAACACCGUUUAGUCCAUUAGAAGAUUUAGCUAAUUUUUUUAAUAGAGAAAAUAAUUAUUUUGCCAUAAUAACUAAUGAUAAUGGAAAUUUUGUUUAUGGAGUUAUUACAGUUGAUGAUUUAAUAAAAUAUGAAAAAAGACGAUUUAAAUUAUGA